GAAUUAUUAUCUGUCAAAUGUUUGGCUACAAUAAACGCGCUUUGAAUUUUUUAAACGGUCGGCUUUCCGUAUUGCAAUAAUAAUUAACAACAAGUGCAACAAUAUAAACAUUUCAGGCAGUGUUUGUUGUGGGGUAGCCUUUCAAAAUGCAGAAAUCUAAAAAGCGAAAGGUCGAGGACAAUGCGAUGGAAGUUGGUGAAUCUUCAGGUGGAUCUCAUUCGAAUAAUAACGCUGAGGCUUCAAUACAUGAAGAAAUUGAUCACAUAUCUGAUGACGAAGAAGGCGGAGUUCGUAUAGGUGAUAUUUACAUACCGCCGGCGCCAAAACCGACGUGUUCCUUCGAUUCUAAAGGGCCCAGACUUAUAAUCACACAUAUAGUCAAUGAAAACUUCAAGAGUUAUGCUGGUGUUGAAGUUUUGGGGCCGUUUCAUAAGAGUUUCACCGCAAUCAUAGGUCCAAAUGGAAGUGGUAAAAGCAAUGUAAUAGACUCUAUGCUCUUCGUGUUUGGGUACCGAGCCUCGAAGAUCAGGUCGAAGAAGAUCUCCGUAUUGAUACACUCGUCAAGCAAGUAUCCUAACCUCACUAGUACGACGGUGGCUGUACAUUUCUGCCGAAUUAUCGAUGGGGAGGGAGAAGCAUAUGAAGUAGUACCAAAUAGUGAAAUUGUGGUAUCUAGGACUGCAUUCAGAGACAGCUCCUCAUUCUACACCCUCAAUGGGAGACGAGUGCAGUUCAAAGAGGUGUCCCGUAUGUUACGGUCACAUGGUAUUGACUUGGACUAUAAUCGGUUCUUGAUUUUGCAGGGCGAAGUCGAACAGAUCUCAAUGAUGAAACCAAAAGCUGUGUCGGAACAUGAACCAGGGAUGUUGGAGUACUUGGAAGAUAUCAUCGGCACUUCUCGAUUCAAGGAACCAAUAGAAAAACUAGCGAUCAAAGUAGAAGAAUACAGUGACUUGCGUAAAGAGAAGUUGAACAGAGUGCGUUUGGUAGAACAAGAGAAGCAAGCGUUGCUCCAGCCGAUGCAGGAAGCGGUGGACCUGCUCAACAUGACCAACACUUAUACACGCACACGGAAUAUGGUGCUGCAGAAAUAUAUACACGAAACAAAAAAGAUAAUGGAAAGUAAACAGCAGAACUUGGAUGAAUGUAAGGCGAACUUGGCCGAGAUGGAUGAGAAGCUAAAGAAGUUACAAGAAGAACUCCAGGAGAAGACGGGAGUCCUCAAAGAAGGCACUAAAAAGUACGACGUGCUACGUAAGAAGAAGGAAGAGCUAACAGAGAAGAUACAAGCGUGCAAGAAGAACAUGGUGACGUCGCAGGCGGAUCUCACACAGAGUAACAAGAAAAAGAAGAAUUUAGACCAACUCAUUGAGCAGGAGAAGGGGAAGUUGAUUGACUUGGAACUUAUACCAGAAAAGAAUCAAAGAGAGAUCGAAGACUGCGCGAAACUUCUAGAGAAGCAUUCGGAACAGAAGGCUAAGGCUGAAGAAGAAUUACAAGCCGUUGUGGCUAGUGUCAGAUCACGAACCCAAAGUCUUCAAGAGACAAAGGAUAAAUUACAAGGGAAACUAAUGGAAUUGAAGAAGAUAGUAGAUGAUGCAAACAACCGCUAUAAACUGGCCGAGUCAGAACUCAAGAUAUACCUUAGUACGGAGAAGAAAGAGAGUGAGAAAUUGGAGACUAUACAGGCUGCGUAUGAGAAGGCUAGCGCUGCUUUGGAACAGAAGAAGCCUUUGCAAGAAGAGUUGGCGCAAACUUUGCCUCAACAAGAGAAGCAGCUGAAUGAGAUGAACCACAAGCUACAGAAACUGAAGAGAGAGGAAGCCACGCUUAUCAGCGAAGUACGGCCAUUGAGAGCCCAAAUAGAAGAGUCCCGUCAAGCGAUGAGCGCUAACACGUCGCGUAACAAAGUGUUGAACGCUUUGAUGAAUGAGAAGCGAAACGGGCGACUGGCUGGAAUAUUCGGGCGAUUGGGUGACCUCGGCGGUAUAGAUUCGAAGUACGACGUGGCUAUAUCGACAUGUUGCGGUGGGCUGGACAAUAUAGUGGUGGACACGGUGGAGACUGCUCAGGCUGCCGUCGAGUUCCUCAGGCGCAAUGAUGUUGGACGAGCCACCUUCAUAGCUCUGGACAAACAGGAACAUUUGAAACAAGUGUACCAGAAUCGGCAUACUUAUCCAGAGAACGUGCCUCGUCUCUUCGACCUGGUCAAAGUGAAGGAUGAGCGAGUACUACCCGCCUUCUACUACGCACUGCGCGAUACUCUAGUCGCGAAUGACUUGGAACAAGCGACGCGCAUUGCGUACGGACGCACGAGGUAUCGAAUGGUCAGUCUGAAGGGAGACGUUAUUGAAAUUGCUGGUACGAUGACGGGCGGCGGCAAGCAGACGAUGCGCGGCAAGAUGUCGUCCUCGGUACAACAGGACACCAGCGAGGCAGACCCCAGGGUCAUCAAGGCUAAUGAGGAUAAAUUGGCCAGGAUGGAACAACGAUUGGUAGAAGUACGCAACGAAGUAUCGGAGUUAGAAGAAGCGCUGUCUAUACUGCAACUGACAGUGCGCGACAACAAGACUACGCUGAACAAACUCAACAUCGAACUCAAGAACUUGGUGGAACAAGUUCCUGUUAUACAGAUUCAAAUAAAGCAACAAGAGAAGAAAGUAGCAGCUAGCCGAGUAGAUCCGCAGCAGAAGGCUAACUUAGAGGCUACAGUUGCUACUGCGCUCAAGAAGCUAGAGAAGGCCAAAGAAGAUGCUAGCGAGAUCGAAAGCGACGUUCGUGAAAUAGACGAACAAAUAUCAGCAGUGGCGGGCGGCAAGGUGAAAGAUCUACAGAAAGCGGUCGAUGACCUCACCAAGAAGAUUGAUAAAGUCAACUCGGAGAUGACCAAGUUGAAGGUCUCUAUUAAUACUAGCAAAAGAAACGCAAAGAAAUCAAAAGAUAAAAUAAACCAGAUGGAGACCGACCUCCGAGAAACCGAGAGAAAUAUUGAAACUUUGAAUAAUACGAAGAAACAACUCACGCUCGAUAGCGGGAAAUAUGAAAAAGAAUUGGAAGAAUUAGACGAACAAAUAAACGAAGGUACAGAUGAAUUCAAAGAGCUAAAACAGGAGAUAAACAAACUACAGACCACUGAGAAUAAAAUCAAAGGCGAACGCAUGGAACGGAAGAACGAGGUCGUUAAAGCACAGAAAUCAUUAGAAGAUUGUACUAGCAAAAUACCACAUUGGGAAAAAGAGCUCCGAACGUUAAAACUAGAGGAUCCACAAAUAGAAGGCAUUCCAGAUUUGGAACCGGUAACGCCCUUAACGCAGCAUACGUCUGAAGAACUAUCGGAAAUUAAUGUAGAAGAGUUAAGGAACCGAUUGACGGCGCAGAAGAAUAGAAUCGGGGAUAAGAAACCUAAUAUACAAGCUAUACAGGACUUUAAGGCUAAAGAAGAAUUGUACAUACGUAGGGCGGCGGAGUUAGACGAAAUCACUAACAGAAGGAAUGAGAUGAGAGCACUACAUGACGAGCUGAGGAAGAAGCGGAUGACUGACUUCUUGGCUGGUUUCAACACAAUAACGGGUAAAUUGAAGGAGAUGUACCAAAUGAUUACACUGGGAGGUGACGCCGAGUUGGAGCUGGUUGAUUCACUGGAUCCCUUUACUGAGGGUAUUAUAUUCAGCGUACGUCCCCCAAACAAGUCUUGGAAGAAUAUAUCGAACCUAUCGGGCGGAGAGAAGACACUGUCGUCUCUAGCGUUAGUAUUCGCUCUGCACUACUACAAACCGACACCGUUGUACGUGAUGGACGAGAUUGACGCCGCUUUAGACUUUAAGAACGUGUCCAUUGUUGCUAAUUAUAUUAAGGACCGAACGAAGAAUGCUCAGUUCAUUAUAAUUUCACUCCGAUACAAUAUGUUUGAGGCAUCGAACCGUCUGGUAGGCAUCUACAAGACGGAGGACUGCACCCAUUGCGUCGCUAUCAACAACGAGGAGUUUGAUCAGCCAAUCGGAUCGCUCGUCGAAGGUCAAAGAAUUAAUGUAUAAAAUAUAAAUAAAUAUAUUUUUAUUUUGCUUACAAUUUUGUUUUUGUGCAUUUUUUAUUUUUGUAUUAUAGUUUUUGUAUUUUU